GCCAGGAUUGCAGCACAGCCCUGUCUGUGUCCACUUGUGGUUUGGUGCACUGCCCCUUUAAGACUUUAAGGAUUUGGGAGUGACGCGGAUAUGAAAGCUAGUUUAUCCCUCUUUCCUUCGCUAUGAAAAAUAUCUGGACAAACCAGACUAACGACUGCCAUCUCUAGUUUAAUUAGCUAAUUAUGAAGCUGGUUUACAUUAUUUGCUGAAGGAAUCAGAACCGGAUUGCCGUAGCUAGUGGUUACGACUGAUUUAUCACCUCGGGAUUAUAUAUAGUCUUCGUCCUCCCGGGCUGCUGCUGCUGGGAUAAACUUUGGAGAAGUUUUCUUUGUAUUCGGGAUAGUCAGACGAGCUUGAACCGACAAGCUGAACAUGGACUGGGGCACAGAGCUUUGGGACCAAUAUGACAUCAUUGAGAAGCACACACAGUCUGGCCUGGAGCUGGUGGAGAAGUAUGUGAAAUUUGUGAAGGAGCGGACAGAGGUUGAGCAGAACUAUGCCAAACAACUGAGAAACCUUUCAAAGAAAUACAACCUGAAACGAAGCGGCAAAGAUGAACCAGAGUGCAGGUUCUCCAGCUACCAGUCUUUUUUGGACAUACUGAAUGAGACGAACGACUACGCGGGGCAGAGAGAGCUAAUCGCUGAGAACAUGAUGAUGAACAUCUGCAUCGAUCUCACCAAGUACCUACAAGAGCUCAAGCUGGAGCGAAAGACGUAUCUGAUGGAGGCCAAGAGGGCCCAGCAGAGUUUGGAGAGCACCUACAAGCAGCUCGACAGUAGUAAAAAGCGCUUUGAAAGGGAGUGGAGAGAAGCAGAGAGGGCAGCACAGUAUGCCGAGAAGACGGAUCAAGACAUCAAUGCCACAAAAGCCGACGUUGAAAAAGCCAAACAGCAAGCUCAUAUGAGGACACAUGUAGCAGAGGAAUGUAAGAAUGACUACGCCGCACAGCUGCAGAAGUACAACAAGGAGCAGAACCAGUUCUAUUUUAAUGACAUGCCACUCAUAUUCAAUAAACUGCAGGAUCUGGACGAGAGACGAGUACGGAAGUUGGCGCAAGGCUACAUCUUGUUCUCAGACACGGAGAAGCAUGUGAUGCCUAUCAUUGGCAAGUGCCUGGAAGGCAUUACUAAAGCCGGCACAAAUAUUAAUGAGAGGAAUGACUCCAUGGUUGUAAUAGAGCAGAACAAGUCGGGCUUUGAACGUCCCGGAGAUGUGGAGUUUGAGGACUACAGUCAGGGCAUCAACCGAGCCUCGUCUGACAGCAGCCUGGGCACGCCUAAAGGCCCCAUAGAGUUCAUGGGGAAGAACAGGAGCAAAAACUUUUGGCUUUUAAGGAAAAAGAGCAAGCUCUCUCCCUCCACGCUCCCACCUUUCUCCACACCCCCCGCCCCCUCGCCUGCUAACGGACCCCCUUCCCCCAAGUUUGGCCGGGACCCCCUGUCGUACUGUUUGAAGGAGAUCAAUAAGACAGUCAAACCCAGAAUCUCUUCCUUCCGGACACUCAGGAGAUCGAAGUUUACUCCAGAGAGGGUCACGCCUACGGUGACAGAGGACUUCGCCCAUCUUCCUCCAGAGCAGCGCAGGAAGAGGUUACAACAGAAGCUCGAAGAAAUUUGCAAAGAGCUGCAAAAGGAAGUAGAUCAGAGUGAGGCCCUGGGGAAAAUGAAAGAUGUUUAUGAGAAAAAUCCUCAGAUGGGAGACCCUGCUAGUCUGGCAUCCCAAAUCAGCCAGACGUCUCAGAAUAUAGAGCGACUCAGAGGAGAGGUCAACAAGUAUGAGACUUGGCUGGCUGAGGCAGGAGGUCGAGGGGAAACGUUGCGCUAUAAAGCUCACACAUUCAACAACAACGGAGCUCACGAUGUUCUCAGCCCUGAUGGAGCUCACUCCGAUGAAAGCACUCCUGAUCCCUCCCAGGCCAUCUACGCUGAGUUUGAUGACGACUUUGAGGACGAGGAAGUAACCGCUCCUAUUGGGAAAUGCACAGCUAUGUACAGCUUCCCUGGUGCCAGUGAAGGGACCAUCUCUAUGCAGGAGGGGGAGGUGCUGGCCGUGGUGGAGGAGGACAAAGGGGACGGCUGGACCCGUGUUCGGAGGAACAAUGGGGACGAAGGCUACAUACCCACAUCUUAUGUCACCAUCAACAUAAACAAAUGACAGACAUAAUGAGGAACAAGAAAAGAAGAAAUGGUCACUCCACCAAACUGUAUGCAGUUCUUCCCAUGGGACCAAUCAUAAAGAAGCCACAGCACUAUGGGCGGGACCACCGGUGUGAUCCAAAUAAGGUGCUUUGAUUUCUUGAGAGAGGUGCCCCGAACGGGCAGAGGAAUGGUGUUCCUCACGGCUUACAUUACAUUAUUGUAAUCCCAGUUACCUAAGCCACCUAAACCACAUUUGAUAUAAUGUCACAAUAACGUUUUGGUUUUGGUUAAACAAUGUUGCAUGGAUCUUAGGCACUAUCACGGUACGAUUGCUCGCCUCGUCCCACGGCCUAAUAAGGCAUUAGCUUCUGAAUAUGAGAGGAAGAAGUAGAGGUGGAGGAGGAAGAUGAGUGCUGCUGCCAUCUUUACACUGAGUGUUAAUACCAGUAAAACCUAGGAGGAAGUUACCUCACAUGUCUAUCUUUUUUCCAGUUAAAAACUGACCUGCAGUUCUCAUUCAUGUCACGCGUGCCACUUUCUAGCUUUACUAGCACUUGCGAAGAUGUACGGUACCGUCACUUUGCUCAUGGUUGGCCUCAAGAUCCUGAGUGAGGUUUCACUUCUGGUUUUCAGCUAUUCGUGAGACCAAACGUGUAGACGGCUCUCCCAUCGUGGUAAAUCACAUGCACACAAACACUCUAACGUUCAGACAAUCACAGCCAUAUCAUCAUUUAAGUCCAUUUUCAAUCUAUAGCAGUAACCAGGAUAUAGCUGUUGUUUUCUAAUAGUUGCAACCUGAAAAUUAUGCUAAAAAUAAUUUAUUACAAAUGUGUAUGUUCUAUGAAUAACAUGUUCAAGUCUGACAGAAGUUGUACUUUGUAUUAAGGAUGUUCUCACAUUGCUCUUCCCCCCUUGCACACAUAGUGGACAGCCUGUAGCCACAAAAGGGAGUAAAUAAUGCACAAAUAAAAUGUGCUACAUUAAGACUAUUGUAUUUAUGUAAUAAAUAAUAUAUAUUUUAGCUAUCACAACACCACUAUUGUCUUAUUAGCUUUUUUAUCCAUCAAAUAAAGAUUGUUCCAGUGUGAGAGAAAACUAAAAACUAAUCAUGUUUUUGUUACGUCACGUCUUCUCAAGUCGAUCCACGUCCUGUUUUUCUAUGUUGUUAUAGAGCCAGCAAGAAGCAGGAACUGCUCAUGUGUCUUUGGUGCCUUUCUGGUUAAAAGCAUUGUGUAUAUACCAUUUUUUUAUUUUUUUUUUGCAUAUAAGACAUUUUGUUUUCUUAAUAAAUGUAAAGCACAUUUCAAAGUUAGAAGUGGUUUUCAUUUCUGGACUUGGAAAAUAAAUAUUUGAAACAAA